AUGUCAUCCUUCAUCAGCAACCGCCCCUCCUCAACCUUCAAUUGGGCCGACGACGAAUCAGACGACUUCGAUCUCACAACCUGGAAAGCAACAGCCGACACCUCUGCCCCAACCGCAGAGUCCCUUGGCCCCCUGCUCCCCAUCCCCUCCCUAGAUGAGACCGAAAACCUGCACACUAUCCCCCCAACCGCAGCGGCAGCGGCAGCCCGGGCCGCACCCCCUUCCCGUCCCGCACCUUGCGUCGUGGUAAACCAGCUCCCCGCCGCGCCCCAAGCCCUCCUAUCUCCCGACUCCUCGCGCUGGCUCUGUGCAUCCCCAAAAGCAGCAUGGGCGUUUCUAGCCGAGAAUGAACGCUGCGGAGCACCUGCAUACCCAGAGCUUAGUUUCUACGAGAACGGGGUGCCGAUACCGUGGAAGCGUAAGAACUACGCGGCGAACUGGCGGGAUGCGAAAGUUAGGUGUGGAAGGGAUUGUAGGCGCAUGGCGAUGGUUAGGGGGUCGGGGCUUAGAUGGGUGGUGGGGUGUUAUGAGGAUGAGGAGGUAGGGGAUUGGGAGGAUUGGGAGGAUUGGGAGGAGGAUGUGCUUGAGCUUCAGUGUGAUGAUGGGGAGGAGGAUGAGGAGGAGUUGUUGUUGAUGCCGGAGUAUUCGCCUUCGGUGAAUCCUGCUGAUGGGGGUGUUGUUGAGGUAAGCCUUUUGUCUUUCGACUUGGAGACUCGAGAAUCUGACGGUGUUUUCAAGGGCGAUUUGGAUGCUGGGGUGAUUGAGCUCGACGGCGCGACCCUCGCUGGCGCGGUCACAGACACGGAUGCUGAGGUGUCUGUCGAGAGCGAUGUUGAAGCCUCCGCCACGGGCACCUCCUUGGUACGCAACGACUCCAUGGAAGUCCUGACUGCUGAAGACAAGCAGUCCAAACCUGUCGAUAGUACUGUCGACACCACCACGUAUACGCCAGAAGCAGACAUCGUCGCGCCGAUGACCACUUCACCAGACCUGGAGUAUACUACACCACACCCUGGGUUUACAACAUAUCUCUCAAAUACCCUGGCUACCGCCUACUUCUGUCUCUCUUCUCUCCCCUGGAAGACUGCGGGUAUCGUUGCCGCCGGUGCCGUCACAGGUGCUGUCAUCUACGCAGCUCGCCGUCGCUAG